AUGGUUUAUGUCCCGUUGAAGUGUGUUUCCCCUCCCAGUUUCCGAAGAAUUGGCUCUUUUGACGAAGACGUGUCGCGUUCAAGCCACAGUGACUUUUCGUUGAGUAGUGGAGACACAUUCACAUGGGUAAAUAACAGGCUGAGUAGUGGAGACACAUGGGUAAAUAACAGGCUGAGUAGUGGAGACACAUGGGUAAAUAACAGGCUGAGUAGUGGAGACACAUGGGUAAAUAACAGGCUGAGUAGUGGAGACACAUGGGUAAAUAACAGGCUGAGUAGUGGAGACACAUGGGUAAAUAACAGGUUGAGUAGUGGAGACACAUGGGUAAAUAACAGGCUGAGUAGUGGAGACACAUGGGUAAAUAACAGGCUGAGUAGUGGAGACACAUUCACAUGGGUAAAUAACAGGCUGAGUAGUGGAGACACAUGGGUAAAUAACAGGCUGAGUAGUGGAGACACAUGGGUAAAUAACAGGCUGAGUAGUGGAGACACAUGGGUAAAUAACAGGUUGAGUAGUGGAGACACAUGGGUAAAUAACAGGUUGAGUAGUGGAGACACAUGGGUAAAUAACAGGUUGAGUAGUGGAGACACAUGGGUAAAUAACAGGUUGAGUAGUGGAGACACAUUCACAUGGGUAAAUAACAGGUUGAGUAGUGGAGACACAUGGGUAAAUAACAGGCUGAGUAGUGGAGACACAUGGGUAAAUAACAGGCUGAGUAGUGGAGACACAUUCACAUGGGUAAAUAACAGGCUGAGUAGUGGAGACACAUGGGUAAAUAACAGGUUGAGUAGUGGAGACACAUGGGUAAAUAACAGGCUGAGUAGUGGAGACACAUGGGUAAAUAACAGGUUGAGUAGUGGAGACACAUGGGUAAAUAACAGGUUGAGUAGUGGAGACACAUGGGUAAAUAACAGGUUGAGUUGUGGAGACACAUGGGUAAAUAACAGGUUGAGUAGUGGAGACACAUGGGUAAAUAACAGGCUGAGUAGUGGAGACACAUGGGUAAAUAACAGGCUGAGUAGACACAAAGUGAAAUAA